GCCCCCCGGGGGCGUGUCCACGGAAGCGGCGCUACCAUCCAGCCAUCAUGCUAGCAGAAGAAGUCCUGUGUAACUAGCUUUGCUAACUCAUGCAAUGACAACUUAAGUUAUUUUUCCUGAGUGUAGUAUUUUCAUGGACACUGGGAUCUAGAAUGGAAACAACAACUUGGGUGUGAAGGUCGUUGUUUUCUUUGCCAAGAGGACCCGAUAAGACAGGUGUCUCUGUUAACUAGCCAGUAAGCUAGCGCGGCUAACCGUAACACACUCACACUGCCUGCCAUCACCACCAAGCACAACAGGCACCAAGCCAAGUCCACAACUCUGCGUUUAGACGUUGGAAAUUGCUACCAUUAAUAUCAUGGAGAAGGCUGAUUUCUUGAAAGGACUUCCUGUCUACAAUAAGAGCAACUUCAGCAGGUUUCAUGCAGACUCUGUUUGUAAAGCAUCUAAUCGGAGGCCCUCUGUGUACCUUCCAACACGUGAAUACCCCUCUGAACAGAUUAUUGUAACAGAGAAAACCAACAUCCUCCUGCGUUACCUCCAUCAGCAGUGGGACAAAAAGAAUGCAGCAAAGAAAAGGGAACAGGAACAAGGUGAAGGUGACAGCCCAGCACCCCCAAGGAAGAUCGCCAGGACAGAUAGCCAAGAGAUGAAUGAGGACUCAUAAGUGUAUGUGUGAGUGUACAUGUGUGUGAAUGUGUGUGUGUUUGCAUAUACAGGGUAUAGCCAGUAUAAACUAACAAAAACUAAGCAUAAUCCCACCUGAAUAAAGACUUCUGGCCAUUCUGCACUAUGACAGGAUGCCUUUCUUGACAUGAAAUUAGGGAAAUUCCCAUCAACAAAGCAGCCAUUUAUGGUGUAAAGACUGUGUUCAUGAAAAUGAACCAGGACAGAUCUCAAAGUCACUGUUAGUCAUUGACACUGACAGAACAGAGCCGUUGUCAGGUAGGGAACUUUAUACUGGUGUUUCUUUUAUUUAUGUUGGCUAUUCCCUGUGUGGUUUAGUAAACGUGUAUAUGUUUGUAUGCAUGCUGAGCUGUGAGUGUGUACUGUGGGUUGUACUGUACUAUAUGUGUGAGGUGAAUGAAUAGUUGAAAAAGUGUCAGUUGAAAAGUAGAUUUAAAAUCAGAGAUGGACUUGACAGAUAAAGUCAGACACUACCCUUAAAAACAGUCUCAUAACUGGUACAUGACUUGUGUAGCCUUCUGUCACCUGGAGAGACUGUCCUGAUUUGUGCAAAGAUAACAUUUUGUUACUGUUUUAAUUUUAUUAUAACUAUUAUUGUUUAUGUAUGGCAAUGAGCUUCCUGCCAGCCACAGUGCCCGCCCUCUCAGUUUCACUGCCCACUCUGCGACCACAUGGGGGCAUUGCAACAUUUCUCCACACUGUUUGAAUCAACAGAACCAAGAAUGCACUGUGAAGAACAGCACAAAGUAGAAGCAACUCUUUCAGAAUCCCCCUUAGACGUGUGUUUAUGGUGGAUAAGCAUAUAUUUAUUCUAUUCUGGGACUUGAGCUUGUAGGAUAAAUGUUGUGUUGUUGUUUCUGAGAAAUAUUAUUUACAUCUAGCACCACCUUCUGGCUAAUCAAGGCUAGUAAAAAUGGGAAGUUCUCUGAGGUUUAGCUGUUCUUUCAGCAAAGGAUAACAGAAAAAGAAGGGAAAAAGUUGAUCUUAAAUAUGGAGUUGUAAAUUGUAACAUCAGAUUUUCAGUUGCACAACAAGGUAACAGCACAGAUAGUGAAGAAAAAUAUGUAUAGUAAUGUCUGGAAAAGGGAAAAAGAAUACAUUAAGAUGUGUGUAAAUAAUUGUCAGUACCACAAUUAGUUUAUCCAAUGGAGUAUCUUUGUGUCUGCCUUUUUGUAAAAUAAUACAUGCCCAUGGAUACAAUAGAAAAUGACCUUUGUGAAAGUAAAGCAAAGAGGCCCAGUGGAUGUCACCUUGCCUUGCAUCUUGAUGGCUGGGUAUUAUAUUCCUGGAGCAGUAUUAAAACCUCAGGGGUGUUGGGGUUGUGGUGUUAUCUUGUGUGACUGUGGAAGACUGACAACCUGUCAUCAUGGUUCGGACCCUUUUGCUCCCCCAGCUCAGGGCCCGGGAUACCUGUACUGUUCGCCCUGUCUUUGUGACAGCCCUGGAUGGUUUUUGUCUGAGAGCAGGCUUGGGGGGGGGGGUUAAAGGGGUGUUAUAUUUUCAGCCAUAGAAUGCACAAUAAGCAUGCACGGCAAAGUGCAGUCGCCAUCCUGCCUUGUUCCUGAGAUUCAGUUUGUAUUGGUGUCAUAUACUGUACAACACUGAAUAAAGCUUCUUUUUUUUAAUGAUUUUAUCACUGCCCAGCAGAGUCACAUCGAAGCCUCCUGUCCUUCCUGACCUUUUCAGUUGAUGAUGCAAUGUGGGUUGACAGUGUGGUCAGUCAUCUUCCUACCUACAGUGUAAAUACCGUGUUUCAAGCGUAAAACCACAUUAUGCUUCUGCUCAGAUAGACUGUUCUACAACACCCUAAGCCUUGCCCCAUCUCAUGUGUGUUAGUUCAGAUAUGUUCUUUUUAGCUUUGCUGAAAUAAAACUGGAUUGAAACUGG